GCCUGACCCGGAAGUGCUUGUUCUUUCGGGAGCGGAGAAGCGGACCGCAGCUCGCUGGGGCGCUCCGGCAGUGGCGCUGUACUGUCAGCAUGCAACGGUUGCUCCUUCCGUCCCUGAGGGCCUUGACGGGGAGCCGCAAUGUCGGGCUCCUGGUCCCUAGGGUGGCGUCCAGAACACAGUGUGGCAGCAGCUGUGGCAGCCAGCGUCCUCUGAGGCCAGGACAGUACAGCACCAUCACUGAAGUGGCUCUGCAAUCCGGAAAAGGGACAGUGUCCCUUCCUUCGAGGGCAGCCGAGCGGGCGGUGGGCCGAUGGCUUCUGGUGUGCAGUGGGACAGUGGCUGGAGCAGUUAUUCUGGGAGGAGUGACCAGGUUGACAGAGUCUGGCCUCUCAAUGGUAGACUGGCAUCUGAUAAAGGAGAUGAAGCCGCCCACAAGCCAGGAAGAGUGGGAAGCAGAGUUCCAAAAGUACCAGCAAUUUCCAGAAUUUAAAAUCCUGAACCAUGACAUGACGCUGGCGGAAUUCAAGUUUAUCUGGUACAUGGAAUACUCACACCGGAUGUGGGGGCGAGCUGUAGGCCUUGCAUACAUCCUGCCUGCUGCCUACUUUUGGAGAAAGGGUUGGCUCAACCGUGGCAUGAAAGGACGUGUUCUCGCCCUCUGUGGCUUAGUCUGUUUCCAGGGUCUGUUGGGUUGGUAUAUGGUGAAAAGUGGAUUGGAAGAAAAACCAGAGUCCUAUGACAUCCCUCGGGUCAGUCAGUACCGCCUCGCAGCCCACCUGGGGUCAGCACUGGUUCUCUACUGUGCCAGUCUGUGGACCUCCCUGUCACUGCUACUGCCUCAGCACAAGUUACCAGAAACUCGGCAGCUCCUGUGGUUGAGACGGUUUGCUGGUGGCACAGCAGGCCUGGUGUUCCUCACGGCUCUCUCAGGGGCUUUUGUGGCAGGGCUGGAUGCUGGCCUCGUUUACAACUCCUUCCCCAAAAUGGGAGAAUCUUGGAUCCCAGAGGACCUCCUGACCUUCUCCCCUGUCCUGAAGAAUGUUUUUGAGAAUCCUACCAUGGUUCAGUUUGAUCACAGGCUUCUGGGAGUCACGUCUGUCACUGCCAUUACAGUGCUCUAUUUCCUGUCCCGGAGAAUCCCCCUUCCUCGAAGAACCAAGAUGGCAGCAGUGACUCUGCUAGCUUUGGCAUAUGCACAGGUGGCCCUGGGCAUUAGCACUCUGCUUAUGUACGUCCCCACUCCGCUGGCUGCCACACACCAGUCAGGCUCCUUGGCUCUGCUCAGUGGUGCCCUUUGGCUCAUGAAUGAACUCCGAAGAGUCCCUAAAUAAUUCUCAGAGGAUCAUUUCCUAGGACUGGAACUGCCUUGGAAACUCAUCACCAAACACAAGAACUUAGCCUUUUCUAAGACGGUGGUAUUGACAUGCCACAUGGUUUCCAAAUUGGUCAAGUCAUUCAGAACUGUUCUGAGAUGGGCACUGGACCACGAACAUUACUAAGGUGUGCUUAUACCAGAGGUUUCCUUUAAAACUCUGCUACAUAAACAAGGAUCUGCCAUUUGCUGCUUCAUAAGAGGCGGGCUGACUUCUUAGAUCUUGGUUUCUAUGUCCUGCCCACUAGUCAGGCUUCUGGUGACAGUGACAGAUUCAGGAACACGUGCCCCUGUGGAGCUACUCGACCAGUUGGCUGGUGACUGCAUGUUAGUUUGUUACCAAGGUCUAAAAUUGUCAUAUUUUCUGGUUUUGAUAAGCAGCUAACUAGCUAGGUUUGUGAAGUGAAUAUUCUUUUAUGCAUAUGUGUGUUUGUGUUAAUAUAUGCCAUGUGUGUACGGGUGCCCAUGGAGGCCAGGGAAGGUGCUGGGUCCCUGGAGCUGGACUUAAAGGUGAUUUUAAUAUGCCUGAUACGGGUGCUAGUAACCAAACACGGGUCCUCUGGAAGAGCAGCAGGCACUUUUAACAGCUAAGCCAUCUCUCCAGCCCUGGAGUGUAUAUUAUUAAAAUUAAAUGUUGACAAUUUCAAGUUUUAAAAAAUAUAUGGAGGCUUAACAUGUCUGACCUGAGGUUGCACAUUUGCAGUUUCUGAACAAGAUGAUCAGGUUUUUUUUUUUAACUCUAAUAAUUAUUCUGUGAGUCUCGGUGUAUCCUAAAGGAUACUGUUCUUAGCUAGUCUUAGCAAAAACAAACGCACAUGUGUUUCACUCCUCAAGUCCCAGGCCCUGCUGGGCUUGUGUUAUUGCACAAAAGAGGUUCCCUCAACCUCAGAACAAGACUCAUCCUAGACCUAAGCGAUCACAAGGCCUCUGAACAGGACUGGGCUGGGUUGAAGUUCUGCCAGCUUGUUCCCAUUCCCUCCGAAUCGCUACCGCACCUACCGUGCCUCAUUUAACCUGUUGGGCCUGUGUCAGCAGGGUAGAAACUCCGCUAGACAGGAGCCUUCCAAGAAGGGGACCAGGGCAGCUUGCACACCCUCUGCUUCCCAACUCCAAAUCCGCACUCUUCAGUUAGAAGCAAUCAGCACAGGGCUGGAGGGUCCAGCCAGAGACCACUCGGAACCGGUUUAUAGUCACCCCAAGCACAUGGCAACUGGAGUCAGCUCAAGUCUCAGAUAUUUUGCUGCAGGUUUUUGUUUGUUUGUUUGUUUGUACUACAGUUAAGCAUGUUCGGAACAGAUCCAAUAUUUAGCUGUUUAACUGCUUUAUGGUAUAUAUAUAUAUAUAUAUAUAUAUAUACACAUACAUACACACACACACACACACACACACACACCCUAAAUACACCCUAAUACAAUUAUUGAUUUAUGCCCCAAAUGUCUAUUUCAGAAAAAUCCAUUGCACACUUAAAGGAUUAAAUAAUUUCUUUUAAUGUUUUCAACAGUCUGUCCACAAUUCUGUCAAUUGUUUUUAAUUUAUAAAUAAAGGUAAUUAAAACAUGUAUUUUCAGUCAGCUAACCCAGGAUUUUUGUUUGGGAUUGAUUAGGCCAUUAACUCUUAUGACAUCAUUUAAUUUUUCUAAGAAUUUACUUAUUAUUGUGUGUGCAUGUACAUGACAGGGGAUAUGCAUUGUACAUGCACGUGCAUGCAGAGAAAAGGGGACAACUCCUGCGAGUUGGUUCUCUCCUUCUGUCUUUGUGUGGCGAUUGCUUUGUACCGCUGAGCUGUCUCACUGGCUCAGGUUUGCGUCUUUAACCUGCACUGAGAUCUGGUUUCCUGCGGCAGGGUCAGUGAGACUGCCUGAAGUGAAGUUGGUUGCAAAGACCAGCUCUGAUAAUCAGGAGUUUAGAAUAGCAGUUUACCUGCAGCCCUCCUGGUCUUGGGGUGAAUGGGGGGUUCUAUGUGGGCAUAUGCCACACAGAGCCACAUAAGACGCUGCACAUUUUCUAGAGCUCCACAUCUAUCAGAAUAUUAAGAACUAUUCCAUGAAAUUUAAGAAUUCCACAAAAAUUCGUUUUUCCACCGCCUGGCUGACAAAAUUCUUAACGUAAAGCAUGUAAAAAGAGCCGCCUCAGCCACCGGAAGCAGGGCGGUCCCAAAGCCUUUGUCCUUAAGGUCAUGGGUCACAGUGGAAGGAGCCGUAGCCACUGCAGAGACCGUGCUAAAGGUAGAAAUCCUGGAGGAGAUGUAGUGUAUACUCCAGCUUCAACUAAACGGACAGUGUGGGACAGCGUGGAAGGAGAACUUGAACAGAAACCUGACCGGUUGGAGGGCCCGGGAUCCCUGCUGGCAGAGGCGGGCUUGAGUAAAGGGGCAGAGCCGAAAUCAGGCUGGACUCACCAGGACCCCCUUCAAACUGUGCGGUAGCUCAGAUUGAGAAUGUCCUCCAAGGGCCAUCUGUUAAAGGCUUGGUCCUCAUGGUGGCAUCGUUGGGAAUGGUGGGACCCUCGUGGCCAAGCUUCCUAGAAGGUCUUCACAUCAUUGGAGGAUGAGUGAGACUCCCAACUCCAUCCUUUCUUGCAUCCUGGUCAUGAGCUAAGCAUCCACUCUGCGUCACAUGCCUGCUGCAACGUACACUUCACUGCGGGCUCAGAGCAGAGGGACACUUGACUACUGAGUUGACCAUCUACAGCUGUGAGCCAGAACAACCCGUUCUCUGUAUAAACGAUCUCAAGUGUUUGGUUACAGUAAACGGACUAGCAGCCUGGGGGUGGGGGUGGGAGUCAGGGGUCUGGUAGUAAUUGUCCUGCUUUAAGGAGAGGCUCAGGAAUAGACACAUCUUCAAGCUUGUCUGACAUGCAGGCAUGGUUAAACAGCCUAUGACUCAGAACAUUUUCAACUCAAGUUUUCAUGCCAUGGAAGCAAUGGCCUGGUUCAUAUUUGAAAAACUGGAAGCCCUUAUAGCAUGAGCAAUAAUUCCAUUUUACAAUAUAAAAAAAGUCUUUUUAUUGCUCCGAUUUCCAGAAAUGAAAAUGGUCUGCUGGUGUGUGGUUCUCCUCUGUCCUUCUAAUGAUAGUAUUAACAAACAAAAAUAAUGAACUACUAGGCCAAGGGGAAAUAUGAAACCCUUCAAAGACAGCCGAUGGGGAUAUAAAACAAGACAAAGCUGGCUUAAAAUAGAACCUUAACAAGCCUCCCACCAAAACAGAAAGCCUGGAAUGGACAGGAACCCACGCAGGGUACAACAGCUUUUCCAGUUCGAUCACAUCCAAGUUAGGAGGAGGGUGAAGGUCAAGGACAGAGCCACCCACCAUACAGACCAUUACCUAAAAGUAUUUGAUUUCAAUCAUUGUUUUGCAAUCAUGGUUUACAAAAAUAUUUGUUAUUCUGUAUUGUUAGUCAAAGGUGCCAAAACUUGGUUCUUAGUCC